AUGGCUAUGUAGAACGCGUAUUGCCAGCUGUACGAAAAUAUUUUGAAAUUAAUAAUUGGGAAUUUAAUGAAAAUGAAUGUAAAGCGAUUUGGUAUCAUUGCGAAAAUGAAAAAGUUUCAAAAUUUGAAAUUAAGUAUGUAUACGAUUAACAAAAAAUUUACUUAAAAAAUUUAUGAUCAUUUCCCACAUAAUCCGAAAUAAAUUUCCAGAAUACCAGAAAAUAUUAUAUUGAAACAAUUGGAAGAAAGUGAUGCAAAAAUUGUCAAUGAAUUUUGGCCACAUCAUUGUCCCGGUUCGUUGAACACAAUGAAACGACUCAUCCGAUACAAUCCAAGUAUUGGAGCAUAUAGAAAGGAUACUGGAGAACUAAUGGCUUGGUGUCUCUGUCAAGUUGUAGGAUCGUUAGGAUCACUUCAAGUUAAAGAGCAAUAUUUGCGUCAAGGUUUAGGAGCUUUAUUGGUAAAGUCGAUGUCAAAAAUAUUUAUGAAUUGUGGAAUGGAAUCUUUUGCAGCUGUUGUUGUAAAUAAUAUUGCAUCUGACAAUAUGUUCAAAAAACUAGGAUUUGAAAAAACUGAUAUUAUUUAUUGGAAUCGUACAAUACCUUCCGAUCCAGAACAUGUUUGGAAAGAUUCUGGUGAUGAAUAAAUAUUUUAUAAAGAAAUUCAUGAAUAAAUAAAAUUUUGAAUAAUUAAUAAUUAUUUCGGUGUUUUCAUUAUUAGUUAGAAAAAAUUACUCGGAUUUUAAUAAAAAUUAACUAUAACAUAACAAAAAUUGAGAGAUAGACGUUCUACAAAAAUACUUUUAGUCUUAUACUUUUGCCUUAAUUUUUAU